CUCUCUCUCCCUCCCUGAAGUGCUGCAGCGAGGGAGGACUGACUGCACCGAAAAAAAGCUCUACUUUCGUGCGCUAGCAAUUACCUCUGAUCUUAUUCAGAAGCAAAAAAGGCUCACCAGAUUUUUUCAGCAUAAAGUCAAAGCGCUGCUGGAUGCAAUGGGUAGACUAACCAUCAGACUAGUUUUAUCUUCUCGCCAUAAAUGAAGGUAAGUGAUGACUACUUUUUCUCUGAAACACGCUGAGUGUGUGAUACUUCUUAGUUAGAAAAGAAGACUAUAUUUCUAGGAAACAGUUUACGCCUGAACUUUAAUUAGGAUAAGACAUCAUGGGGUUCAUUUGUUUGCCUCUGUAAAUCUCAGGUUUAGGCUGCAUUUAAGUUUGGUUAUGUGAUAAUGUAUUUAGACCAGACUGUCCAUGCGGCUCAUGCAAAAGUAGAAAUUGGCGUCAACAUGCAGCAAACAUCAAAUUUGCAUUUGAUUUAAGGGAUGCACAGUUAAAUUUCAAUACUUUUUUUAUUGUGCAAAUUUAUUCAAGUAGUAUAAAAUGGUGACACAAAUUCUUUUGUAGGUCUAUAUAUAUAUAUAUAUAAAAUCUCAAAUGAAAACUGAAAGAAUAAGAUAUAUGGAAUUUCUAAUAUUUAUUUCCUGAUGAUCACUGACUGGAGUCCAGGUUGGGGUAAAGACUGGGGUUGUGGGUUGCGGACUGUGCACUAUGUAGUGCAAUCCAGCCGCCUGCCCCGGGGCAGUUAAAGCACUCUGCACUUCCGCCAAAAAGAGGAGAUGAUGCUGGAGCAGGCAACUGACUCAUCCGUGAACUGCACCUCGAGAGGCAGUGAGCGAUUGACAGGCACACAGCCGGUGAACUGGAAAUCUGUGGCAAAGUGCUUUGUUUGCAGUCUGAAGGCUGCUGUAGUGGUGCUGUUUGUGUACACUGAAUAUUUCCAGCAGUGAAAAAAAAAAGUGUUGGAUAAGCUGGAGUGAUUGCAGGUAUCAGAUAACACUCUUUUAGUACACCUGCUAUUGAUAAAGUUUUUGUUUUCUGACAGGAAAAUAGAGUAUUAUUGUAAUGCUGUUGUCCUUUGUUGGUAUUCAGAUCCAUUUUUAUCCCAAGCAUCCACAAACCUGUAAUUUGUUAGUUUUUCUAAAUCACACAGACUCUCCUGUGAACCUUUUUCUCUGCGUAAAGGAAAAUUGGAGUCUAUCUACAAAGUACAAAGAAUUCAGAAAUGUACAAAGCUGUGUGUCACUUGAAUUAUUAUGGUUUUUGCAUCUAAUAACAUUAAGUGUGAGUGAUGGUGUGACAGUUUCGUAUUUAGCACUUACCGGAUGUGUCAGCGGUGAAAUCUUGCAAGGUGGAGAGACCAUAUGUUUGCUCAGAAGAUCAAACAGACAUCAGCCUGAUGCAAAAAAGGCAAAGAUCGACUUUACAUACUGUAAUCUUGAUGGUUGGUCUGAACUUUUUCAGUGUAUUACCUGGAAGUAAUUAUCUUUCUUUCUUGUACAAGUGUAAUUCAUGUAACUCUCUAAUCUUCAAUUUAUAAACAGUUCUGAACAAACACAAUUUGUAUGUCAGUGCAUAUAAAUUUGAUCAUAUUUUGCACAAUUUUACCAAACACAGGAGAUUUUUUUUCCUUUUGUGAGUGAUGGGCAAAGCAGAUAUUUAAGUCAAUUCUGAUAUUAAUGGAGAGUAGAAAAAGCGGACAUCAAACCUGCUGCAGCUGCUUCAUGAAUCUGUAUGAUGUAAUUUAAGCGAGGUUUGCAAUCAGCAAUGCUUUUGAAGUUUUAACUUUGAUGACAAGGCUUCAACUGUUAAACGAAUAUGAUAGAGGAGGCCUAGAAGCUCUCAAAGAUGUUUCUCCUUUCCUUUUAGUAGAAGCAUUGGCGGAAACAACCAUUUCUUCCUCUCUCUUGACAUUUAUUUGUCUCUGUUUAUUAUUCUGAAAUGAUACUUCUCAUACACCCCUCCCCAUCCACCACUCUCUCCCUUGUCUUCUUCCUACUCCUCCACUCAGUCAGUAAUGGUAUCAGUGUUUGAUGAAAUCUCCUAACGGAAGACGUCCCGGGCUGCUUUUGCCACAGCCUCUCAGAUGAGGUCAUGGGUUCUCCGUUUUGAUGGGAUUACAUGCGGCUCUGCCCACUUAGAGAUUGGACCUGCUCAUUCUGAUGCUAAUAGAAGAAACCAGCCGUCAAGCCGCCAUGCUCGUGCAUGUCUUUGAAAGGGCAGGAAACUGGCAAGUCAAAUCUGAAUGUGAUGGAAAGCACUUGUAAGGAACGAGGGCCAUAAACUGUAACUAGUUCAAUGUGCGGUGUACAUGAACACUUAAAAGAAGAAAAAAGGUUAAAUUUAAAAACACAACCAUGUGUUUCAUCAAAAACUCUGGACUACCUGCCUGCACUCAGCUAAAAAACAAUCAACUGAUUUUGCUCCAAGUCCCCAUGGAAAAUAUAAAAUGUAUGUCUCCUCCAAACAGCUAGAGAUUCUUGGUGCAGAAUAGAUUUUUCUAAAUUCUUAUACUAACCUCUUUGCACAUACUUAUUUGUAAGUCAGGACUUACAUGGACACCAGUUAUUUUGACCAAGUGCAUUGUUUGUGUGAGAAACCCAUACAGUGCCCAUCAUCCUUUUACUAAGUUUAAGUUAUGUUUGUAACAGUUCUUGUUUUGACAAUGCAAUUUAUUAUUAGUAGGUUUGAUACUGAAGCUACUGAAGCAGCUGAAAAUGAUCUCUUCAAAUACACAAAAAAAGACUUUUGUCUUAAAUUUCUGCCUCGACUUGGAUGUUUUGCUAAAACUUCUUUGUGACUCAAAUGUUUUUAACUUCUUGUCCAAAUACUAAGGCCAAAUUACGUAUGACUUUGUGGUAUUUCAGUAUUCUGGAGAGGUUAAAAGAAAGCAGGCUCACUAUCCAUCAUGCACACAGUGUGUAUUUCCAGAGUAAAGUCUAUUUGCUGUGUCCUCACAUGGUCCAGAGAAAUCAGAUACCUGCUCUUUUUGGCAGAAUUUUAGAGAAUAACUUUGUUUAAGAUUAGGACAUGGGUUCAGGCUUCAUAUCAUUGUAUGUUAAUAUGGACGGUGAGCCUCCAUCUCCUCCACUGUAAAAGAGUAAAACCAACAUGCUGCCUCAAUGAGUGCUGACGUAUUGAGCUGGUGAUGAGGAUAUGUCCAGAAAUGAUCUGGAGGGGCUUCAGCUUUUGAAGGACCCAUCUUUUGUAGCCUGCUUCGACAGGUUUGGCCCAAUUGAAUUGAGAUGCUCUAGCUUAUGGAGAAUUCCCUUUUUAUGUCACUAGCUGUCCCUGCUCUUACACAGAGUUUAUGCAGUUGCGCCCUUGUUGCCUAGCGAUGGGUAGCUUUCUAAUUAACUAAAUUGCAUAACGAGCGUCGUAACUCAGAAAGUGAACAAGAGCAACUGUAGUAGGCUGCGUGCACAGCUGGCGCAUGUGCACUUAUACUAUACACUAUGUAAUGUAAUAAUAAUGAUAAUAUUAAUACUUUAUAAUGUCCUCUGUUACAUCAAGUCUUGGGGUUGUAGUUUAUUAGGAUUCAGAUCAAUGUCUCUUACUUUCCAGUCCACAUUGUGCCCCUUAGCUUUUCAGAUACAUAUGCACCACACCUGUCUCCUCAUACUCCUCUCACUGCUCUCCUCUCUCCACCUGUGGCCAUCUUAAAGUUUGCACCCCGUUGCACAACAUGUUCAAGAUUAAUUGCCCAGAUCUACUGCAAAGCAUGCACCCAAUGCAUUCCAGGAAAAAUAGGACACAUGUGUCAGCUGCAUUUGGAGGGCAGAACGGGACAGCCAUUGGCGUACUGCUGUGACAUAACCAGCCUUCAAUUGCGUCCAUGAAGGCCGCAGCCCCUAAUCGGGACAGAACAGUUAUUCCUUCUUAGUUCUGUAUAUCCAGUGAAUAAUGUUGAAGUUAUGUCAUCAAACCCCCCUCUUUGGAACAUCAAAUACCUGCUAAAACUGAAUUUCAAAAACCAGUAACAAAUCAGCAUGAUACACACUAACUGCUCAGAAAGAAACAAUGUUCAGGUCAAAUUCAUUUGAUGUGGAUUUUAAUGUUGUAGGUUGACUCUUGUUCUACUUUUUAUGUUAGAGGCAGGCUUUAGGACCUUUACUGCAGUGGUGGAACACUACAAGUUUGGCGUCACUUUAGGGGAGGUGACGUGUUGUCAAUCUUUUAUACUGACAUUGUUCAAAUACAGUGCAUAAAUAAGGUAAAGAGGAAACUUAGACUGAGAGAAGCAGAAUCUAAAGCUGCUUGAAAAUUGAACGAGGUUCGAAACAGCACGAAAGAAAACAAAGAUGGCUUUAGGAGUGCUGGUGCUGUGUGAUUGUGAUUGUGAUUGCUCUCGUUGCUUGAGCUGUCUACACUGUCAGGGUCCGAUCAGUUGCGGUCAGGUGAGGUGGGUCGUCUGUGUGCUCAGCUGUCCUCUGAGCUUCAUCACCGCUGACAGGAGGCCUCACCAUACACUCCAAUGAUUCGCUGACAGACAGGCUCCACCAGGAUACACCCCGUCUGGUUGUUUUGAGUAAAAACAAUGUGUGGUAGCCAACAUGAGCUGGAAAAAUGAAAAGUAACAGAUCAGUGACACAGCAGUGAGCUCUGACAUGUCUCUGGUGGCUGUCAGUCUUUCAAGUCAUUCAAAUUAAUUUUACCGUAGUUUGCAGUAAAUUGAAAUAAAUCCACACAUGACAAGAAUCCAGGAUGUCCAAAUACAAUUAAUUUACAGAAACCCUAGAGCAUAAAUACAGGAUUUGGGAUAAAGGUCUUCUACAGUGAGUGCUUUACUAGACAGAGAAAUACUAGUUGACGUUUUGCAAUGUGCGCUUUGCCAAUAAAAUGAACAGACAGAUAAAAGAAUAAAAUAUUUGAUAAAAGAAAUAAAAGCCCAAGUAUCUGUCUCACAGAACAGUCCCUGAGGCUUCACCAGUGUCAGUGGACCCAUUAAAAAAUUACAGUUCCAUAUAUAAAGGAGUGUGCUCAUGAGCACUGAAGUCAUACAAUGAGCCAAAAAGGAUUAGUAGAGUCACCUUGAAUCAGCAGUGUCAUUUUGCCCAGUAAAAUUGCAUUAUGGGAGCUGGAGCUGGCCCAGUGAUUUGUGUCCUCCUGACAAGGCUUCAGUGUUCAUUAGAGGCUGUGGUGAGCAGCUCCUAGACACACAGGAACCACACACACACACUCACAGUGAAAAUCUCUGACCGUGUCCAAUGUUCUCCUUAAUGCUUGAAAAUCUGAGCCCUUCAGGAUUUCCUCUUUAUAUCCUCCGACAUUUUUAAGUGAUCUCAAUGAUGGCUGUGUCUUUGUGUUUAGUUAAAAAUCAUUGAUUAACUAAGUAAGAAUGAGCCUGUGGGGGCUACUGUGAUGAUGAAGUGUUUGAACACUCCCAUGAAAUCAUGUGACAUAACUUGCAGUGGCAGCCUGGGGUCUCCCUUCUAUGGUACAAUGGGGAAAGGGCUUCCCCAUCUGUGCAGUGGGCGUGAACUCCUGUCUGUGCAUGACAUGUUUUGGAGUGUAAAAAAGUCUUCUGUAAGCGUCUCGCAAACACCAGUGAUAUAUGGAGUGAUUAAACGCAGCUAAUCACAGAACAUCAGGGGCAUUUGUUUCCUAUUAUAGGGCUGUUUUCCAGUUUGCGUUUAUCUACACAUCUACUCAUAACCGUUUCCCCUUUUCUCCUUUCUUUGCACGAAUCGAAUGUGACAGUGCCGUUCUGGUUGGAUCGUCACUCCCGUUGUAAUAAAUCAGCGCUUAUUGGGGGCAAAUUGAUUUUCGGGCAGGGCUUGUACAUUAGCUUCAGUUACCGAGAGAGGAUCAUGAGUCAGCAGAUUUGGCAUCUCCACGUAAAAUCUCUCAACCUGUGAUUAAUAAAGAGAGGAAAAAGCUCUCCUGGACAGCUAACAUUCAUUUACAAUAGAAAGAGAGAGCUGUUUUUCAGCCUUUUUUUUCUAACAUCACUCCAAAUGAUUAAAGGCCAUUGAGAUUAGUGAACAAAUGAUUGAAGAAGGUGUUUACUCUAAGUUUGGUGUCACUUGUUAUUCUGGCAUUCAGGCAGUAUCUGACAAUUAUCUCUUUUCUUUUUUCUUCUUCUUCUCUCCGAUCCCUACUCUUACCCAUCUGUUUUGUACUCUUCCUUUUUUUUUAUCCUCCCCUUGCCCCCCAUCCCCUCCAGCCUGGCCAAUGAUUGCCCUCCUGAGUUAUCUCCUGUGGUGACUGCGAACUCAAGGGUUUUCUUCCCUGCUGUAUCUUGUGGCCUACUGAUCUCACCACCUGCAUCCCCUCCUCCCAGCUUACACUCACCCCUCCUGCCCUGAUUUUCUUUGCCUCUACCUUUAAGUAUCCUCUGAGCCCCUGUGAAGACCUUCUGCCGGAGCCAAAAUGGAGGACACUUACAAUAACAGGACUUCCCUGGCAAAGGGGGCCAAGGACAUGGUGAAAGAGGCCAAGCGGCAUGCAACAAAGAAAGUUAACAAAGUGGUGGACCGUGCGUCAGAUGAGUAUUCGUCCCACCAUAACUAUAGUCGAUUCCAGGACGAGGAGGAUGAAGAUGAGGACUUCUACAGGAACCCGCCAAGGCAGGACGGAGAGCGCUACCAUGACAACGAGGAGGGCUCAAGUGAUGCCACAGAGGGCCAUGAUGAUGAGGAUGAGAUCUAUGAGGGGGAGUACCAGGGGAUUCCAUCUGCGGGAGACAGGAAGCAUAAGGAGGGCCAGGUAGCGUUGGGGCAACCUGUGUCGGACGCCACAAGGGACCGUAAAGUGUUAGAGGAGGAGAGACAGGCCGACGAGGAGGAGCUGGCCCAACAGUAUGAACUGAUCAUCCAAGAGUGCGGGCAUGGCAGGUUCCAGUGGCAGCUCUUCCUGGUGCUGGGGCUGGCCCUCAUGUCAGAUGGGGUUGAGGUGUUCGUAGUGGGCUUUGUGCUGCCCAGUGCAGAGACGGACAUGUGUGUGCCUAACUCCAGCUCAGGGUGGCUAGGUAAGUCUUGCUGUGUGUCUUUUGAUGUUGUUGAUUGUUCAUUUAAAUGUAUUUGCUAACAGGAAGCAAAAUAAGUAGUUAUUGGUAAUAGCAAUACAAUGCAACAUGGGUAGUUUAAGAUUAUUUUAUACCACCUGACCGUCACACUGAUGCCUUCACAGUUGUAUUGGGAUUAACCUGAAAACAUACAAGUCAAACAGAGAACGUUUGCCAUAGUUAAGAACAGGGAGUUUGAAGGGAGUGCAGGUUGGUUAUAUUUAAGGAGAUAAUCAGUUGGAUGUCAAGAUGCAAAUGUAAAAUGAAGCCAAGCCAUGUCAGAGCUAUUUCAACAUUUAUAGGUACUUUCUUUUGGUAGUUUUCUUAGUUUUUAACUGCUGGUCGCACUACAGUGGCCUGUUAAACGGGUGUAUUGUUGUAACAUAAAAAAAUGAAGGGCUACAACACUUCUUUUUUUUAAAGUCCCACUCCGAUCGUUUUUUUUUACUACUUAAAGUGUUGUCAGUGGUCUUUAAAUUGCGAUUACGAAGUUUUUAUCAAAAAUCACGUUACCUGUGUCAUUUUCAAGGGCUUUUCUUCUGCAGAGCUCCAGUUAAAAAUUAGCAGUUCGUCUCUGGGCAGAGACAGCGCUGCUCUGCACACUCGUCUUUACGUUAGCUUGCAGCCUAACAUUGCCGGUGUAGUAGAAGUGGCAGGUAACAUAGGAGCUAUUUAGCGGGCACUAAUGUCUUUAGGGUCGCGAUGAAAGCUUAUAUCAUAAUUAACUUUCUUACGAGCAUUGCAAUCCGCUAACGCACACGCUUGUUCCAUGAUCAUCCCCUGUAUAUCUUCUGGGCUCUGGGGGCGGAGCUUGGAUUGGUUACAUAUGAAAUCUCACUGUUCCUGAACCUGUUGUUUGGGUCUGCCAGAGAUUCAUAGGUGGCUUUAAUCUCAUUGUACUGCGUAUAAUGACAAUAAAAGGCAUUCUGAUUCUGAUUCUGAGCAUCAGAAAAAUGUCAUAUGAACAUAUAAAAAAAGAGAAAAACAUGAUUUUCAUGGAAGUGGGUCUUUCAUCAGUCAACAAAAUGCAGUAUAAAAUCUGUUUGUCUGAAAAAACAAAUAAGUUUUGCUUGUCGUUUGCAUGCACACAUGCUGCACCAUAUCCUUGUGCAGUUUCAUAUAGAGGUGUUUUGGUUCACUGGUCUAUGUGUCAGGAUUAAGAGGGCAGUUUUUACUCCCUGUAUGCUCUUUGUGUUGAGAAGGAGUCCCUGCAGUCCCCGUGGCUGCAGGUGUAAAAUCCAUCACCUCAGAGCUGUGCGCAGGGGCUGACUCACUGUGUCAGUGCCAGAGCGGCGAGGGCAUAAAUUCUGGCACACAGAUUCUAGAUACUAACAGCCACAGCGGGACAUGACAAUGCAUUAACUGCACUGGAACUUUUGAUACAAAAAGGAUACUGUUCAAGAACCUUAUGUUGUGUCAUAAUCACACUGUUUUGAUUAAGCAUUGUACCUCAUUUCAAAUAAUAAUGCUUUAAACCUAAAGCUUUUUACAUCUAAGGGAUAGUAUGCAGAUUUUUCAGUGUGGGCUGGUCGAUUCUAUUCAUACUAUAUUAAUCAGGCAAACUUGUAAUGAGAAAUCAUUCUUCAAUUAUUGUAAGAUGUUGUGCACAGAACACCUUCUUUGCUCAGUCUCUCUCCAAGUAUCCAUGUAAACCCUUUUCUCCCUCUAUAGCCAAGCAAAAUCCUGCAGGCAUUCAUGCUCCACGCUCUGCUUCUUCUUGUUCGUGACUUCAUCCCUCACCCCCCUGUCCCUCCCUCUCACCCUCCAUUCUCUGUGUUCCUCUCUUUUCUUCUUCCAUCCUCCCCUUCUCCUCUCCUUUCUCCUGCUGAUUGCCCCAAGGCUCCUCCCUGUUGACGGGAACAUGAUUGGUGCGUGUGUGCGUGUAAAUGCGUGUGUGCGUGAGUGUGUGUGUGUGUUUGUGUGUGUGUCUGAGCUUAGCCAACAUGAUUACUAUGACCUUGUUGGUAUCCAUUUGGAGUUUUCCAGAGUAAUUACACUUAAUUACAGCAAACAAAAUGGAGUGAAUGGAUGUUUUACAGGUGGCGUGGUAAUCCUUUAUUCAUCUGAAGAGGUAAAAAAAGGCCUGUGAAAUCUUUGGAUACAUUAUAUUAAGAUGGUCUGAUAUCCCAAGUAUUUUAUGUAAUCUUUAUCUAAUUGAGCAGAAUCAUAGUGUUCUUGUAGGGACACAAGACAAUAUUAUAUGGGGAGGGCUAUGGCGUCGUGGGAUCUUUAGAUAAAAAGCAGGUUUUUAGAAUUUAAAUACGUUAAGUGGGUACAAUAAUUCUAUGUAUUUAGAAUAUAAAAUACCUUGUUACGAUCCAAGCAACACUUUAAGGCCCCGCUCCUUAAAAGCAGCAUUUCAGCAUUUGCUAACAUUUACCUAAGGCGCACAGGACAUGACAAAAGUAGCUAACUUCCGGCAUUAUCUGGCAGUAUGUGUUCACAAUAGCUGCAACAUGAGCAUCCUGGUCACUAGCAUCAGAUUGCCUUGACAUCAUCCACUUUUUUCUUAGUAAUUAUUAAAAGUGAAGAACAAACGAAUUCCUUCUUCACUGUAUUGAUUCAGGAUGUUUUUUUCUAUUCCAAAAUAAGUAAAGGAGGGUGGGGACUCACCACUGUGGUUUUGCAGUCUUACAAUAGGAUGAUACCUCUGCAGUGGUUGCAGUUGAGUCACAUUUUAGGAAAAAACAUAAAGGCAAAUGCAAACACAAAUAUAUUUAAUAGGAGUGACAAAACAAAAGCUUACUUCAUUAGUUCAUUGAUCAAAUGACCAAACUCCAAUGCGUCUGGGUUACUCAUGCAGACAACAACAGCUAGUAAUACCCAUAGACUGUAUAAACUAUGGACAACUUUGUUCCGCCUUCCACCAGCAUAUGGAUUUGAAGCCAAAAAGCUCUCGGUAUUUCCGUGAUUUUUUUCCGCUUCCUGAAACCACAUUGUGCAGUAGCAUUGUCCGCAUUUGGCGGGAGAGUCGCCGAAAGACGCUAUGAUGACGCUCGGCACAAAUAGUGUAUCUCCAGGUGAGCUACGCAAUUUUUGUACACCCAUAGGCUGUAUCAAGUGUCAAUCAUAGAAAACAUGAACCCCCUAAUAACUUUUAAAAACGGAGCUGUACAGAAAAAAGAGGACUUGAGCACAAACCAGUCUUAAAAUAAUUACAUGUCAACAUCACAAGCAGGGGGGAGAAAAAAAAAAAUUUUGAGUAAUAAAUUUCUAAAGUUUGUCCACAGCUUCAUAGGUAUUGCUGGAGGAGGCGGGAUUUGUGACCUAUACUGCAGCCCGUCACCAUAGUGUGCGUUUCUCGGGGUGGCUUCAUCAAGCGAGGAGGCAGAUGCUACCAUAUGACGAAUGAUAUUUGAGCAAAAAGAUGAUGUCCAACAUGUGAGAUCAUAAAAAGUUUCUCUAAAUUGAUAAAACAUUGUUCGCCCAUCAAUUUGUUGCCAAAUACCACGACAAGUCGGAAAGUUGGACACCAAAUUCUUCCCUGAGUUUCUGAGUUGUUCCAGCUCGAGCAGACAUUCAAGUAUUUUGAAGACAUAAAAAAAAAACAGGAAUUCUGUUUUUAGUUGGUUUUAUCUAAGCAAGUCCUCCAUUAUAGCUGUAUUGUGCAGAACCAAAACACUGAGUGAGAGGCAAGCUGCACAGACUGAGCUGAGCGUAAUGGGAUAAUGCAGCAUGAAAAACAUAAAGGCCCGCAUAGAAAAGAAGACUGAAAUUCUGAUUAGAUUACAGUGUUCAGUUUGGUCCUACCAGUAUAUUAGCGAUGAAUGAAGCGUGGAGAGCCAGGGAUGGAGGGCUGAAAUACUGUAAAUCCUCUAAAUAAGAGUGGCCGGUGUGGGAAGACAGAAGUGGUGAAAAACAAACGCUUUGAGAUGAUAAACAGGGGGACAUGAGAGGAGGAGGGAGAGCUUUGAAGUUAGAGAGGAGUAAUGGGGAAGGAGGUGUGGGUGGAUGGGAGCAGAGAGGAGGCGGAUUGGUGGCAUUUGGUAUAGCAACAAUGUGAGGGAGAGGCUUAGCUAUCAUCUCAGACACAACAGACAAUGAGGACGCACCACCCUAUCAUUACUUAUUUGUUGGCUUAGGCUGUGUUUUUCCUCCUGAAAUUGCCCUCCCUCUAUCGCUUAACUCCUUCUCAUGUCCAUUAAACAUCUACAUCAAUACUUCUUUCUUCCUUUGAUUGUUUUCUCCCUGUUUUAUACUUUUACCAUCUUAAACCUUUUGCUCUUCUUUUUUGUCCCAUCUUCAGUCUUGAAGCUCCAUUUCCUCACCACUUCUUCCUUUGUUCUCUCUUUUACUCACUUUCUUUCUAUGCCAGCUGGCAGGCUGUGUGGGGCUGUGUGGUCCAGGGGCAGCUGAGCAUGGCUAAACUGCAGUAAGAUCGCAGCACCACUGCAGAGACUACACUACUUGAGUUGUGCAGCUCCACAUUGUGUGGGAGAAUGUAUAUGUGUGUUACAGAGAGAGGAUGGGGGAGUGUGUGCGCUUUCUCAUAUGGACCAAACCAGCUGCCGGCAGCAAUAUGGGGCACAAGUAAACCAUGUCGAACUGCUCUCUCUUAUCAGGGGUUCACGGCAUCACCGUAUUUCACGCGAAAGAUCUACAGUCUUUAAUGUAAUGAAGGAUGGAUCAUUACUGAUGCUGAGUGAGCCACUUUAAUGCCUGCACUCUAAGCCGUACAAUAGGUUAGUUUCAUAUAGAUUGCAUUGAAAACCUGCCCCCACUGAUAUGACUUAAAGAUGACAAAAAGCUUCAAUCCUUUUUUUUGCGGAGGUGGCAGAAGAUGGAGGCACGAAUCCGAUCAAAAUGACAUGAUGUAGUACAAAUGUGAUUACACGCUGCUCAGUGUAAAGAAGCUGAUGACAGCAGAGCAAAGAGAAAACUAAGGAAAAUAAAUGAGAGGGGGAAGCACAGAGAGGAGAUGAACAGGAGGGAAGAGGGGAGGGGAAAAAAGGAGAGAUAGGGAAGGGGAAUAAGAAGUGAGCUAAGACAUUUCAGAGCUGAAGGAGAAGAUAGUAAAAGCUGAAAGAAAGAGGGAUGAAGCAAAAUUUGAGGGGUGCAAGUGGCAAAGAGAUGAAAUAGAUAGAAACAAAGAGAAGGAGCAGAAAAAUAUCAAACUGAGUGGGAAACCACAGUAAGUCACUGCACUGUGCACCAGGCACACUCUUGAAUGAUCGUAUCGUCAUUAUGAAUAAAACAGGACGGGUGUUUUGUGCGAUGCUGAAACAGUUUGUGCUGUUAAGAGCGAGGAGCAUCAAAGCAUGAAAUCAGAGAAGAGGUCGUGAUGCAGCUCAGCGCUCCCACGGCUCUCAGGGGGCUUCCUUUGGAUGUGACAGGACAGAAAACACUGAGCCCGGACCUUCCCCUUCCUCCUUUAUUCCACGUCUCUCUCUCACCCAACCUGAGAAUUACCAACCCCCGCCCCCCACCCAUUCAUAGCUUUACUCUUUGCCCUUCGCUGGCAGUGCUUUGUCCCAUACGUGUUUUAAAAUUUCAUUUCUUACCUACCUCUCAGAUGGCUGGAUUAAAAGAUUCUCGAUGUAAAGGUAGUGUUUUAGUCUGUGCUAUUUUAGUACAUGUGUAUAAAGUUGUUUUACUGCUUAUCGACGAGACGCUCACUCUGUGGAAUUUGUUCUGGCGCCUGUGAUUUGGCUGAAUAUUUUUUAUUCCUGGAGAUUUGUUUUGACACUCCAGCAGCAUGUCAUCUGAUAUAACCUUUUGUCCUCGCCUGACAAGACACCAGAAACAUUGUCACUUUUUGAUGACUCUCGAAGCCUUCAUGGGUCAUCAGGUUGAAUCUGUUUUGUUAUCUCCUCUUCUGAUGUGCAUAAUUGUUGCUUCAAAAACUUUACAUUUCUUUUGUGUGAAGAACCAGGACUAGAUGAAUCAACCCAUGUGUGUUUUGAAUCUAUAUUUUGGUCUUAUAAACAGGUUGAACAGGGCUAAGAAUUAUUGAUUGUAUCCUUCUUACUAGUUUGUGAGACCAAGGUGUAGGACCUUAAUUUACAGCCUCACUAAAUCAAUGACGGAGCAGCGGUGGGCGAAAGCACUCAGGAAAGAGGCUUCAUUAAUCAGAAUACUCUGGUUGAUGCCGCUAUGAUCCAACCUCUCCAAUCAAAUGUUAAAUAUUGACUCCUGACUCGGUCUGAUGAAAUGCUGGGACAUGUUGUGAUGAUAUCAGGUCUACUGCCAGUUGGUUUAUGAUGGUCUUUUUCUUAAAGGCAUGGUUGACGAUUUGAGAAGCAGUUGAAAAAAACUGAGCCGUUGAGGCAGAUUUGAAAAAAGCGUCCCACCCCUCACACAAACCUCCCCCCUCUGUGCUCCACGAUAACUCCCCCCCGAACCUGUGUCCCCCUACCCACAACACGCCCCCUCUGGCAGAGCAAGAAACUGGCCAGCAGAUGAUCCUAUGCUAGCUUCAAAUAGGAUUCACCAUGUCAGAUUGCUAGUGACUAGCCGCAGUAAACGCCAGCUCUGCUAGCGAGCACUGUCUGCAGCUGCUGGACAGCUACCGUGUUGACAUUGCAGAGAGUUGUUAUUGUAUUAUUGAGUUAUUUAUGUAACAUGUGCCACGAUAAAAGGCAAAAAUUACCUGUUCAACAAAAACUCUGCUGUCUCUGCAUCUGUUUUCAGGCCCAAAUCCUGGCGGAGUUUUCUCCACCGCUCCAAGAAUUACCUGAUGUUUAUUCGAGUUAGAUUAUUCGCUUGGUCACAUUUCCUCUUCGACUCUGCUCUUUCUUCUGUCAAUUUGCGUUUUCUUAGCACUUUUGGCAGUGGGGCAGGCAGAAGUAUUUUUUUUUUUUUUGAGUCCUUCUCCAUCACAGCUCCUGUAGCUAAGCUGCUACGCUAAUUUAGCCGCUCAGAACUCCGAUGAGGGCAGGGAGAGUGGAAGGGGAUGGGUCUGAACUAAGGGAGAGUGGUGUGUCGAAUACAGCAAGGUGAUUGGAUGGAGAAGCAGGAGAUUGACCAAUAGGAGCUGUUCGGGACGGCUGGCUCCCAUUGGUCAAUGUUUUUGCAGUCCUGCACCUGCUAGGAUGAUCUGAUUUUUUUCCAUUCUUUUUUUUUCUUCACUUUGUGGAGAUUUUAAAAAAGCCUCAGGUUUCUUACUCUGGUGUAUUAAAAUACCAUUAUGUCAGCCUCCGUCUAAAAUGAACAGAUGCACUAGUAAGGAGUCUAUAAUGCUGACGCAAGCACUUUGGUGAGUCCUGUGUUUUUUUUGCAAGGUGCCGUUCUGAGCGGUUUACAUCUAUUUUCUGAAAUUAUGACAACAUACUGUAUGUUUACCUUGUGAUUUGAAAUUUUGCAUACAUCUACGGACGCCAUACAGUGUAACUUUACCAUAAUAGCAUAAUACCACCCGUUUGACAAAUGAAGCCUGUCCCAUGAGACUGGCUGAAGAGCAGCAGAUAUUUUUGAACUUCUCCAGUGGUUUCAUUUCUCCACCCAUGGUUGGUUGAUCAGAGCUUGAGGAUAAUCUAUUCUUCUAUCAUGGGUUUCUUCUCACCCAUCUCCUCUAAACAUUAGAAUAACCACAGAAAUUUGAAUCUAAGGUAGGGAUGGGACUUGAUUAGAUUUUAUCAAUAUCAAUGCCAUUAUCGAUUCUGCUUAUCGAUUCAACUCUUUAACGAUUCCGUUAUCAAUGCCUUUCUUUGAUUUAAAAAAAGGUAGACUAUAGGUUUUCACUGUUAACUCAAAAUUUAUUGAGUCUCUGAUAACAGAAAAAGAUGUAUGCUACCUUCAGUGAGAAUCUAAAAAUGAUCGAACAACAAACUAUUCGUACAGCAUUUAUUUUGGUCGGUAUUAAGUCAAAACACACAGGACAUACACCUUCCAUGCCCUGCUGAGAUGGAAUGGCAGCUGCCUACGACCGGCGGAGAGCAUCAAAUACAUGUGAUUCUUUAUAUUUGAUGCUGUGCCCCGUUCACAAAUGUUUAAGGAUGUUGCUGGUGUUUCUAUUUUUGCAUGUUAUCACUUUCUUGGUAAAAUUAAGUCACGCUGUAGAUCGUUUCUGCUUACUUUUUGUACUGUCCACCAUGUUUUUUUCUCUGUCUCUGUUCUUGUUCUCAUAGACUGGCACUUGCGAGACUGUGCAAGGCACCCAGAAGAGAAAUCUUUAAGAUAAAAUGUAAAUGAUGUUGAUGGAUUGAACCAUUUGGAACCAGUUCUCAAGAAGAACCGGUUCUCGAUUCCCAUCUCUUAUCUAGAGCAAGAUACUUGUAGUAUCAUUUUUUCCUUCGUUGUUCAGGAUCUAAAGAUUUGGAGACUGAAUGUUUACUCUUGCCCUGUCAUUGUGUCAGUGACUGCAUGUGACUGACCGUUCCUGUGGAGAGCUUUUCAACCUCAGAUUUGCUGCAGGGUGGUAACUGCUUGGUUUGAGUCUGAACAGUAAAUGGGACCAUACCGCUUUGAAAUCUCACUGAAAGAAUUGUGUGACUUAUGAGAAAUCGAAUAAUCUCUAAAAGCACAAAACACAAGAUUCAGUCGAAAUACGUGCCAUAAUUUUCUGACAUGAGAGGUUAAUGCUACAUAAAUGGUCCGGGGAUAUUUUUUCUUUAUGUAAUGAGAUAGACCUUGUAAUGUUAGGAGAUGUCUGUACUUUUAUGUUACACUCCUGAAUUAUAUUACACCACAGUGUACUCCUCUCCUCUCUGCGGGCACUGCUGACAUCACAGCUCAGAGAUACCGUGCAGUGAGUCAGACAGGACAUCGAUAAAUUCAUUACGUAAUGGACUGUCUUGUGAGAGAUGUGCUCAUUAGUCAACAGUUUCAUUGCUCUUUGUUAAAGGACACUGAAGAAGCAGGAAUCUGAGGUUUUGUUUUUGUCUUUUAGCUUAGUCUGUCUUGUGGAAAGUUGAGCACAGAAAUUAAAUGAAAAAAGCCGCUGGAUGUUUGGAUGCAUGACAAUUAAAUGGGAGGCCAGUGGGUGUUUGCCUGGGCACCAUGUAUCUCAGCGUCUCCUUAAUGAAGCAAAUGUGAACUGUGCAUAGACUGAAGACUUCCGCCAAAUUUAGAAUUGAAUUUAUGGCACCUUCAGGGCAAGUAUCUCGAUGGCUGCCAAAUGUGACAGAUAGCUGGGAUUUUGACCCCUGAAGCAAAAGAGUCAAACAGAUAUCAGCUCGCGGUAGAGGAGAAGAGACCUGACUGCAGACAUUACAGGGAGGAAAUGCAUCUCGCUAUUAAGAUUAUCGUAAUGGGAUGAACAAAGUUUCCUGAAGGCUGAGUCAUACCACUCUGUAUAUGAGUGUUACUUUAACAGCUCCUUCUUUUUGUGAUAAUUGCAUUCAGACAACUCUAAAUUAACUAACAUGUUUCUGCAUCGACAUAUAGUAUGUACGUCCAGUUAUGGAUAAGGAACAAAAUUGCAUCACCUGUCUGUGAACUACUAUGUAUUCAAGCCUAGAUCAGAAACCUCACAAGGUUUUUUGAAAUAGAAACUGUCAAACUGGAGUCUUUCUUCAAAGUACAUCUGAACUAUAUUGUGCUGUAUAGUUUGCAAGAGCUUUAAACCACACAAAGCCAAAUAAAGUAUAGACCAAAGCAGCAAUAAUGGACUCUCCUCUCCAGAGCAGAAUCAUGAUGAUCAGAGGGAGAAAUCAAUGCUGUUUUGUUAGACCAUUGAUCCCAUUUGUGACGAGCAAGAUUAAAAGAGAGCAGCGGACCCUUUUGUUAAGUCACCUCACGCUACUGUCCACAUUUGUCUCCUUAUUGAUCCGAGCCUGUUUUCAGUCUAUUGCAAUCUGUAUUUACUGUUCAAACUGAGAUUUUCAAUAGUAUGUCACAUUCAUAGUCAUCCAUCAAUGCUUCUCCUCUGAGCAGGAAUACCUAAACUUUUAAAUGGAAAUAUACUGAUAAAAAUCUCUGUAGAAAAUAAGAAUACUGUAUGUAGGUCUAAGUUAUUGAAGAACAUUUGCGCUUGUGUGCAGGUUCAACUUUUUAAUAAGAGAUAUCAUCACUAGAAUUAAUCAGUUGCCUUAUUUUUUCGUAUUAAACAGCAUGGUUAUGUUCAAGUUAAAUGGUGUUAAGGGGUAGGUGUCAGCCUAGCAGCUGAAGAAACAGCCCUGGAAUUAGGGCUGGGCAAUAAAAUGAUAUUAUAUAUACAUCGAAAAUUCAUUUUCUUCAAUAUCAAUGUAAAACACGGCCAAUAUCCUUCCCGAUAGUCGGCAUUCUGCCAUGUUUUGGUAGACUAUACGAAUAGCCAAUAAAAAGGGGAGUUGCCCGCCUCGCGCUGAACCAAUCAUGUGCUGAAUUAGAACCAAGUAGCAAACAACUGCGUAGUAGCAGGCUGCAGCUACACGCAACCAUAGCACUUUAACACGUGAAGCCGACAGCACCGUCGGGGAGAAAAAAAGAAAAUGAGUGCUACUCCUGGCAGAAAUGCAGAUGACAGCUCAACAGAUGAUGACACCGUUGACAACACCGGCACGAAAACGUCAAUGGUGUGGAGGAAUUUGGGUAUUUUGAGGUCGGACAUGAAGCAGAGUAGUGUGCACUGCAAAUUAUGUUGCGUACAUGUUCUCGCAAAGUCAGGGAAUACUUAAAAUGUUUUUCACCACCUGAAGCAGUGCCAUGCGGCUGAGCACGCACAAUGUAAAAGGUUACCUGAGCAGAACAAGGAGCCCAAAAGCGCGACACAAAGACCUCACAGAUGCAGUAGCUCGUUGUAGUCCAAAAGGCAUACUACCACUAAGCACUGUUAAAUUUCUUUUUUUAUAUCGUGAGAAAAAAACAUUUUCUCUCAUCAGACAUUCAUAAAAAAUGCUACAUUUGACUGUCAGAAAUUGGUAGAAUGACUUUUUUGUCAAAAAUCACAACUCCAUCAUUUAGAGGAUAAGAUAAACAAAGACUGCUUUGUCCACAGGGGGCGCCAAAGUUGACAUAAACAUAAAGUUCCUCACAGGAGCUUUAAUAUUUCAGCCCUCAUAUAUACAGAGAAAAAAAAUCUAAAUCUGUCAGUGUUGUGAUCAAGUCACCAAACCUUGAGUCAGCCUUAAGACAGAGCCAUCAAAGAAGAAGUCAGGCCCCAAUUAUCUCCAUCUGAGUCAGUGCUGAGCUCAAGUUGAGUCAUGAGUCCUGAUAAUUAGAGCUGGAGUUGGGCUUGAGUCUAAGCCCUGGACUUGAAUAUUUCAACACUGAAAUCUUUCUUUAUAAUUUGGUUCCUGGGCAAACAAAAACUCUUAAAAUUCUUUCAAAAGUUCCCAGGACUAUAUGUGAUAUUCACUUUAAACAAUUGUAAUUAAUAUUUUUAGAUAACAAUGGUCGCCCUCAGCCUUAGUAGCUUUAUAGCAUCUUUAAGUUUUGUUGUUUGUCUUCUUGCAGGUAACUUUAUCCCUUAAAUAAUCCCUCAUGGUAUCAUUAUCUACUACACCUAUUUGCCAGUUCAUAUUGCGGCCAAGACUAAAAAGGUGUUACAGAUUUUAUGCUUCAAAUAGUUUGAACAACCAUGCUAGGAUUUAAAAAGAAGAUGUUUGUCUGAAGUCUCUAAUGGGCCAGGCUGGCUCACAAAAAGAUUUGUUCAAGGCAAACAAAAACCUGACUUCUCUUUCCUCUUAUCUUUCCAGGCAGUGUUGUUUACUUGGGGAUGAUGGUCGGAGCGUUCUUCUGGGGCGGUAUGUCUGACAAAGUGGGCCGCAGACAGUGCCUCCUCAUUUGCAUGUCUACCAAUGGCUUCUUCGCCUUUCUGUCAUCUUUUGUCCAGGGAUACGGCCUUUUCCUUCUCUGCCGCCUCGUUGCGGGUUUUGGGUAAGUCUGAUAAAGUGGAGAUCACUCUGAGACCGACAAAGCGUGACAUGCCAUCAGUUUAAAUGAUUUGUGAAAUGUCAGUUCAAAUGGUAGAAGACACUAUAGCGACUCCAAAUCUCCCUCUGUGGUGUAGGAUGGCCACAUUGUCCGUGAGAAUAAGAAUUUAUCCAUGUGAGGUCAAAUCUACAAGUCUCUGGAGAGUCAUGUAUCCUUCUUUUGUGUCAUUAUUCCAUUUGCUGAGUUGAUUUCCGGUUAUUUACUCUAUUGAUAACCAAAAUCUCAUCUUUACACUAGAGUUUAUUUUUAUUUUACACCAUUAUUACUGCAUGUACAGGAUAUAAUCUCCUUUGACUGCUGCAUUGCAGUAUUGCAAAUGCAAUUAACAGUGACGUCCAUGUUGUUAUUCCAACUACCACUAUCACUCUAUCUAUGAAUACAGCUUCAGUAUACAUUCCUGCAAUUGUAGACCUACUGGGAAUUCCCAGAGUGUAACAGACAUUGUCAUCCUCCUACUACAGAGAAUCAUGCUGUUGCAGUAUUUUAUUACAUCCCCUCCUUUAACGGUGUAACUGUUCCUUUAACAGCUAAUUUCAGUAAUUGCAUCUGCAGCAUACACUCCCCAGAGACCUUCAGAGUAAUUGAAAAAGGCUAUCUAAACUGCCAAUGCAACCUGUGCUCCUGAAUCAUGACAAAUUAGGAUUUUUUACAUUAGAAAAAAAAUGCUUAGUUGUGCAUAAUUUGUGCUUGCUUGGUCUUCUUGUGAAUUUAGCAAUAAACCUGCAGUUAUUUCCUUUUUUUAUUGGCAAACAAUCCAAAAAAUACCCACUCUGUCCAAACAGCUGAGUGAUAUUGAUGUAGUGUAAUGAAUAUGACAAUUUGACUGUAAAUGCCAGACUAUUUCCUCUUAAACUGAGAGAUUGAGAAAAUAACAGCUGGAUUUGACUUGUCUCGCUCACACUAACUUGCCCAUUCUCUCUCAUUCUUGUAGGAUAGGGGGUGCUGUGCCCAUCGUUUUCUCCUUCUUCGCUGAGGUGUUGUCCAGGGAGAAAAGAGGAGAGCAUCUUAGCUGGUUGUGUAUGUUCUGGAUGAUAGGAGAGAUUUAUGCAUCAGCCAUGGCUUGGGCAAUCAUACCACACUACGGUGAGUUUUUGUAACACCUGUCUGAGCUUGCAAGGUGUCAUGAGGGGUGCCACAAGUUUUGGCUUCACAGGCAAAGAAGCUUUUCAAUGUGACUUUGUCCAAAAGUACAGGCCACAGGUUAAGGAGCUGUAGGCUUUCCUGCAGCAGUGGUUGAGUUACAAGUCUCUCCUGCAAGGAGAAUCAAUUACUUAAAAGCUCUGAGCUGCAGGCUGUGAGAGGCAGAGGUUAAGAGAUUAACAUACGCAUGGAGACCAUAGAGAAGAUGCGUUCUGAAAGGGUGAGGGAGGGCCCAUGGGAGAGAGAAAGCUUUGAUUUAUCACAAUACUGCAUUAGAUAUCAGACACAGAAAGAAGGGAAGAGGCUCACUCGCUCUUCUUUCGCUGAUCCCAUCCUUCUCUUUUAACCUACUGUCCCCUCGUUUUUACUGCCUCCCCUCUGCUCCUGUUUUGCACUCUUCCUGUCUCUGUGUCUAACUCUGUCCUUCCUUUUAUUACCUCUCCUCUCUCUCCAGUCUCUGUCUCUGCAGAGUGUUCUUCUUGAUCAAGCAUAAUUAGGUUUUUCUCCUUGCUCUAAUAGGACAAAGCUACAGCUAGAGGUGAUUUAUGGCCAGACCGUGCUUUAGCCUACCUUUGACGUCAGCGAGAGGCAGACAGUGUGUGUGUGUGUGUGAGUGAGAGUGAGUGAGUGUGCAUUUACACAUCAGUGUGUGUUACUGUAAGUGGUGGGGUGAUGUUUUACUGGGCUGCAGCCACAUACAGGUCUUCUUCUUCUUCUUCAAGGGAAUUGAAGGCAAUAUCAUCUGACAUUGUAAGAGGUCAUUUGGGUUGGCACAUACACACACUCACAGACACACAGGAAGAACGGGGCAGAGCUGAUCAUUGGAGCCUGCUUAUUUUUACUUUUUUAUAAAUGCGACUCAGUGUGAUGUACACACACAGUGCUGGUGAUGAGCUCAGAAACAAACUGAUGACUCACAAAAGCCUCUAAAAGCAGAGCGAGUCUUCACGAGGAAACUAUAUCAGAUCUACUGAUAUUGUAUUGAAAGGGUCGUGGUGGCCUUACUUUACGAUUAUUCUUACUGACACGCACUACAACUCUGUGUCUCUUGUUCUGGGAGAAUACUACGUGUCUUCCAUAAAUACUCUGGUGCUCGCCAGUGGUUUUUAAUGUUUUCUAUAAAAUACUGCAGUGUCUGCAACCACCAGGGCAAUGACAUCAGGACAAAAAAGCCUCUCGCAGUAAAAUUUUGAGGCCUCUGAGCGUAGACAUGAAGGUAUUGGAAGAGGGGAAAUGAUAAAAGUGCUCCAACACUGUUACUCAAUACACCAUUAGAGCUCUCAUUUGUCUUCUCCACUUGCUGACUCCUAAUGUCUCCCGAAAGCCCCCCUGCCAAACUCACAGCUGGGGCGCUGAGGGAGGUCUGUGCAGCGCAGACCCUCAUGUUGCUGAUGAAGAGUUUGAAGACUGAACUCAGCAAAGCAGGCCCAUCAAAAGAGUAGUCUUGAGAGAUACUUUAAAGAUCUACUGAUUAAAGAUUUAACAACCCCUGUGAAUUCUAUAUCAUAGUCAAUUCCUUGUAACUCUUCUGCUUGAGUGUGAAAGGCAUUUAGAGAUUAAAAUGUGUUCUGUAAAUGAUCAAAUGCUGCAGAAAAUAUGCGUAUCAUUCAACAGCAUUUCAUCAAUUAACGUUUAUGCACAUGCUUGAAAAAUAAGGUAAAGCUCGGAGUAACGUGAUAUUUUGUUUUGUUUUCAUGGUCCUCUUUUUAAGGGACCAUGCAAGUGAUGAUAAAUUCUUGGAUAGCAUUUUGUAGCAACAUUUGGCUUAUGCUGCUAAAUUACCAUUUUAUAAUGUGGCCGUCUUGUGGAAUUAAAUUGAACUUUCUCUUGCUUUGACUUGUUUAGCUAACAGCACUAGUUAUCUAUCUAUCUAUCUAUCUAUCUAUCUAUCUAUCUAUCUAUCUAUCUAUCUAUCUAUCUAUCUAUCUAUCUAUCUAUCUAUCUAUCUAUCUAUCUAUCUAUCUAUCUAUCUAUGUCCGUCUGUCUGUCUGUCCCUCUGACUGUCUAUUGUGUCUGGGAAGAGUGUACACCGCUGACUUAGUCAUCCAUACACUUAGUCAAUUAUGUACAUAAUCCCUGUAAUGAGAUUUCCGAUGGCCUGGGUGAAACAGUAACCCCGAGGGGCAGAAAGUAACACUACAUUUCAGAAGAAAAGGCAAUCUCUGCUGAACAAAUCUCUCCUUUUUUCUCUGUCAUUCUGUCUGUUUCUCUCUUUCCUCACUCGGAGUCACUUCAGACAUACACACACUCGACUCGACUCACACACGAUGAAAACAGAUAAACGGGAAACACACGAGCAAGAGUAGUGGAUAGAAGUCAUUACUUUAUUACCGCAAGAGAGAACACUUAAAAUAUGAAAUUUCAAUCCAGACUUAUUUGUUGCAGCUGAAUUGAAGUUGGCUAAUUCUAUACUAAUAUUUAUGUUGCACAUUGUGCUGUUUUCUUAUUUAGCAAAGCAUUUACUGUUCUGUCUUUUUUUUUCUUUUGUACCAUUUGCUAUUCCUAACCAUUAUUGCUUUCAUUUUGAUACAGAUUUGUGCUUUGUUGUAACAUUUUAAUGCCUCUCAGGUCUUUUUAGGUAUGCAUUUAUACCACUCAUGACAGACGCCCGCCCCCCUUUUAAAACAGUUGUUUUUAGCAGUUGAUAUGUGUUGCUUUCAAAGCCGGUUUUUUAAUAUGCUCUCAGAUUAAUUCCAAGCAGCAUUUUUCUGGCAUAACCAUUAGCAUUAACCCCCUCCCCACCCCCUGACUCCCCUCCUACGCCUGUUGAUGGAUAAUGUUGCUGUUCCCUUUGGAGCAGCAUCUCCAUGAGGCACGAUCUGUUGAGAAACGUGGGAGGUCACGACUGAAACAGAAACCCUUUUCUGUGCUACCACCCAAAAACUCUAAAAAAUGAAGUAAAUGAUAGCAUGAAUUUAAGUCGACAUACACAACCAUUUAUGCAAUGGUCAUGGUGUUCUUACUUGUCCCAGCAUCUCUGUGUAUACACUUCAUUUUUUCCUAGCAACAAUCAUAAGUACUUUUGUUUUUCUAAACACAUUGCAUAAACUGUUCUCAUGAAAAGACCAAGGAAUCAAGAACAGCCUUUAUUUUAAAAGGAAAAUAUUCCAGUUUGUAACUCAUUGAAACAAAUGUGGUUUCAUGUUUGGUGCCACUAUUUUAGAACAUGAAUGACAAACCCAGAUGUUAUUAUUAAAGACUAUCACCUGAAAGAAACACCUAUAAUGUUCAAUUUUGCGAAUAUUGUUGUUUAUUAUUUAUUUACAUCUGUGUGAGUGGAAGUACAGCAUUAUGGCAUUAUAUUAGCUUUGACGGUGAUAUCUGCAUAUGGUAAUUUGCAUUAUUAAUUUCUCUUUGUAUUCCCUGCUAAUCGUUUUUUUCUUUUUUGCAUGAGUGUUUGUGUGCAUCUGCGCUUUCACUAGAGUCUUUAAGUCCCUGCAUGUGUGUAUGUGUAUGUGUGUGUGCAUGCGUUUUACAAUGAUUAAUGAGUCUGCGAGAGUGCCUGUGGGCUGAGAUCAGGUGCAACAAGAUUUAACUUAGCAGAAAACACUCAAUUCCUUUCCUACACAUUCAAUUAACCCGUCCCUCUGCACUCCUCUCAGCUCUCUGCAGAGCCAUUCAUCUUUGAGCAUACACAUCACACUCCUGGGCAGCAGAGUGCCUUUGUUAAAAUGCUGUCCUUCAUCUGCAGCCCCUCUCAUAGGUGGAGAUUUACACAUAAUAUUGCAAGUCAGCCUCUCAGAUCAAGUGUUCUAGUCCCUCUUUUGGUGAGGAUGUAUUGUUGCAUUUACACCUGUAAUGUAAAUUUAGUCAUUGCUUCUUCUAAGGGUCGAUUUGAGACUAAUUACAGUGAGUAAUUAUUUCUUUUGACUGAGUUUUUGUGAGCUAAAUAUUGACUAAAAAUUCCCCUGCUGGUUUUUCAAGGUGUUCAGUUGAUCAGUUUAGCAUUGUUUAUUACAGUUUAACCAGAGAACAAAUGGAUAAUGGGAUAAACUCCACAUGAUUUGCUUGUAGAAAAGCACUCACAGAUUACACAAAUGUUGAAAUACAGUUUAUAAGGUAGCAUGCAAAAAAAUAGCUUUAUAAGCAAAGUAAAGAGAACGCCUGGGCCACAUGGAGCACCCCCAAAAUAGCAUUUAGUCUAGCUUACUACUAAACUAACAUAAAGGAUGUUUGUCUUAGCCCACUGUUCAUCAUAUGUCCACUAGAAGACUGCUUAUCCAUUGUAACACCAAGAAGUAACAGGAAAUAUCACAAUAUUUGCCACAGGAGUUAAUGUUGACUUGUUGAAGCAGCACAAAGAAAAAGGAAAAGAAAAUUAACAGAAAAGAGAGACUGUUGCAAGUCUUUACAUUUGCUACUGAAGUAGAAUGUCAUUAUGCAAUGUAAUGUUUAUAAUUAUGAUUAUAGAAAUGAUUUAUAAACAGGCUGGGAGGGCCUUGGCCCCACAACCCAGAGGUUGUGUAAGCAGGCUGUUUUGUAAGAGCGUACACUUAUCUCAGUCCGCCUAAAGAGUUAAGUGUUAUUAACGACUGUCAGGAAAAGCUGAAGUUGAAUCCAAACAAAUGGUGAAUUUCAGAACAGUCAGACAUGUCCUUAGACAACCUUCUGGAGGAUCAGAUAUCCAACAGGGAAAGGCUCGCACCUGCAAUACACAUCGAAGAGCCUCAUGCAUUCACAUUAGAGGCACACAACAGUACUACACAAUAACACACAAUUAUGAUAUUCAGACACACACCCAGUAGCAUAAAAGUGAGUGAAAGGAGGAACUCGGGCACCUUUGGUGGUUUUGGUUUUAACAUCUGUACUGAUUUCUACAUCUGUACAAUACAAACAGCUCUUCAGAUCUCAUCCUCUCGCCUGUGUAUUAACUGUUUACCAUACAUGUUUUCCACAACACUAUACUUGUUUGAAUAGCUGCUAAUUAACAGAUAUUAAACAAUGAUUAUUAGUAUUAUGUGUAAGUUGUGUCUGCAGUCCCAUAAAAGUAAAAAUGACACUAACAUUGCUUAAGUUAUCACAUUGUUUUGUCCAGUCUUCAUAAAUACUGAACUUUGUUUUCUAAAAUAAACUUGAGAGCUGAAGGAGUUUAAUUGGUUUGGUUUAUGCACCUUUGUGGGCAUUCAUUUCAUUUUUGAAAGGUGCACACAGUAAAUGUUAAAGAAGAUUAUUUCAUUAUCUAUUUAAUGUACAGUACAUGUGUAUACUGUGUCAGCCAUCUGCAACAUAGUUGAUUCUUGUGUCGACUGUUCACAGGUUGGAGUUUCAGCAUGGGUUCAGCUUACCAGUUUCACAGCUGGAGGGUGUUUGUGGUGGUCUGUGCCCUGCCGUGUGUGUGUGCUGUGGUGGCACUUACCUUCAUGCCUGAGAGUCCCAGGUUCUACCUCGAGGUAACAGCUUAUUAUUAUUACAGCCCAAGAUAUAUUCACCCUUAAAUGAUCUUUGAAUCUGAAGAGUCAUGCUGCAAAAAUAGAAUCUCGAAGAAUGCCACUUCAAGUUACUGUGUCAUUGUCGCUAUCUAUCAGGGAGUCAAUUUGAUCAAUUGGGCUAAUGGAGAGUACUCAAGCCUUUGCCAAAAUAUCUUUUAUCAGACCAAACUGGGUGAGUCAUCCAAAAAUUGUGGAAAAGCCUUACAUUUCUGAGCAGGAGAAACCUGAAGUACCCUGACAGUAGGUGUGCUGGUUCAGGAUAAUUUCCUUUUUUAAGUAAAAUGAGUCACCGCUGUCACGACUCCCAUAAUAUUUGGCUCAUCCUAGAGAUAUAUUAUGUACAGUAUAUAUUGUUGUGGAUGACAGGCUGACGCUGUCUCUGAGUUAGCGACAGCAGUGCUGAUCCCAUUAAUUUUACUUGUCUUGUCUUUUCCUCUCACUUUCCCUCCUGUCAGGUGGGAAAGCAUGAUGAAGCCUGGAUGAUCCUCAAACAGAUCCAUGACACCAACAUGAGAGCGCGUGGGCAACCGGAGAAAGUCUUCACUGUGAGUGUUUUUUUCUGCCGAGCAUCGUCUUAGCUGGGUUUCCUGAUGCUUAAGGAAGCAAAGAAGCUUAUGAUAUGUCACUGCUGAGACAGGUUUUAAUGCUUUCAGCAGGCAGGAUCAUAUCUAAAUUAUGACGCUCCUGAAAGCAGUUUUGUGUCGUUUAGGCUUAUUCGCUCAGUGAGCAGCUCUGGGAAGGCUUUUUUGUCAACAUGUGUUUCUUCAUUGAUCAUUUACUCAUUAUAUUCAAGUUAAAAUUCUGUUUUUAUUAUUAUUGUGUUCUGUCAUUUGGUGAAAAACAGAAGGAAAAUUUAUUGAAAUAUAAAAAAACAUACGGUUAAUACCGAUGAUGUUGUGUCUGAAUGAUUCAGCGAUGCCUGACUGUCCUGUGUUUCAUUUUCCAGGUAAACAGAAUCAAGAUUCCAAAACAGCUGGAUGAACUGGUGGAAAUGGAGUCCGAGACUGGCAACCCAGUAUCAAAGUUUUUCUUUAGGAUUAAGGCUGAAGUAAAUGGGGUAAAUAUCUGUUUGUAAAUGCAGAAAAAAGAUCGUUUUACAUUUUGUUGUAACCAUGAUAAAGCUCGAGUCUGUCCACCUGUCUAACCCUGUCUUUUUACCCUCUUUUUUCAGAUCUAUCUGAAUCUCAUGAAGUGCUUCAACUACCCUAUGCGAGAAAACAUGAUGCGGCUUGCCAUUGUGUGGUUCACACUUUCUUUUGGGUGAGCUUCUUUUUGAUUCCACAGUUAACUUAAAAAAGCAUCCAUCUGUUUGUCCAUUUAUUCAUCAUCCAUCCAUCCAUCCAUUGCCCUCCCCUCAUCCAUAAUCAGUACCCAGUGACAGCAGGCUAAGCAAAUUUGUCCAGAUGUCCCCCUGCCCAGCAUUAUUUUGCUCUCUUCUACUUUUGGAUUCCAAGGUGCCACCAGAGGCAAAGAGGGUUUUAACUCUUCUGACCAGCUCUAGCCUGGGCUUAACAGAUAUCUGAAUCGGAUACCAGGGCCCCUCAGUUGGCUGCUUUGUUUGCAUCUAUUGAUUGGCAUCUAUUAUUGUGAAAAAGUAAGGCCUCUACUUUGUGCUCCCUUCAGAUGUCUGAGCUCUUUAACUUAUCCGACACACCUCAGUUUCCUCAAAAACUUAUUGUUGGUCACUUAUAUUGAUCUUAUAGUCAUGACCACUGGGUUGGAAUGUAGGUCAAGUGGUAAAUGGAGUCAGCCCCUCUGUUGCCUUCAUCACUGCUAGACCAAAAUGUCUGUUGUUUUCAUGAUCCAUUUUUUUCCCUCACUUGUUACCAGACCUACAGUACUUAAGUUCCUAUCUAAAACUCUUGGGGCUUGGCCCAGAGUACAUUGGGGCAUGUCUGACUGCUUUUUGCAAGUUAAGCAAGAUGCAAUUAGGUGAGAUGCAGGGUGCAUAAAGGUGGAUUAUGCUUAUUCAAAGGUAUGAAUCAAGCUGAUAACCGUGACAGCUCAUUUUCCCUUCAACACUGAAGGGAUAACAAGAUGCAUUCAGGUGUGUGAAUACUGGCUUUUUAUCAGGUUUCUGUUAGAUGGCAGCACGGCACAUUUGUGCUUGACCACAUUUUGAGACCAACACACCUCCGGGUGCCAAUUUGGAUGCAACUUUACAUGCCAUCAAUAUAGAGUUGAAGCUGAUUGAUAACAUGACAUGUAUGUCAAGAACAUAAUACAGUUACACUUGCAUUACAUACCACAUUUAUUUGGGGCAGUAACUCGUUCCCUUCACCCACAGGGAGCAAACUACCACCAGCAUCAAUUUGCAGUGAACCAUGGCCUCACUUAACUCUCCCACUGUUUCAUAAUUGACUACAUGCAGUCCCAGCUGGCUCUUACAUACUGCUAUAUCAAGGCGGGAUACUUAUGCCCCUGCUGCCCAAUGAAAAACAGUGUUGAAGUUCUGAAGGUUCUGAACAAAACUUUUAGAUUCUGCUGAAAAAACACGAAUAGAACCAGUGAAAAGUGGUAGCCCUGUAGAUGAGGUUUUGAUGAUAAGCUCAAACCUGUUUUCCACCACCUUGGAGCAAUCUUUUUAGGGGAGCUGAGUGGUGUAAAACCAAGGUAUCACCGGCAGAUUAGCACUUUGAUCUGCCAAUCCACAGACACUGUCCCAGACCUCCAUGCAACAAAACAUGUCAGUCAAGAAAUUCCAACAAUGUCCAAGGCCUUCAGCAUCGAAGAGCUAAUCCCACUGUACACCCACAUUUGCCACUGGAGACCCCAGCAACCUUUGCCUAGGAUUAAAUCAAGGCUUUCCUUGGAUUUUCACACUCUUACUCCACAUCAGAAGACAUGUUUGUUGGGUUCAGGAAUUCCUUAGUGUUCAGUCUUUGUCCAAAGAUAUUCCAGGAAAGAUCUGACUGGUUUAAUUCCUCUGGUCACAUAAUAGCAUUGAGCAUUCAGGCUUGUGGCCAAAUUGCAUUUCUGUCGUCUUGAUCUUGACGUUGCAUGGUCUCAAAAUCAAUCAGUCUGUAGAUCAAUAUCCAUCUACUUAUGUCUCCAUGGGAGCAGAAAUUGGAGUGAGAGCAGCAGAAAAGGAAAAACAUCUCUAAAAUACUGUUUAAAAUCCUCACUAGAACAAAAAAAGAAAUCACAGGUUCUUUAUGGCCUUAUAUUGAAUCUGAUUAUACCUUUAUGGUGCAACAAUCUUAAUUUCUAACUCUAGAACAUUGUUUGGCUGAUUGAUUGAUUUUUUUAUGCAUGAUUUUCUGUUUGCAGAUACUAUGGCCUUUCAGUUUGGUUCCCAGAUGUCAUCAAACACCUCCAGGCAGAUGAGUAUGCUUCUAAGGUGCAGCUCCACAGCAAUGAACGCAUAGAAGACUUCACCUUCAACUUCACUUUGGAGAACCAGAUUCAUAAAAAUGGCCUCUUCCUCAAUGACCGGUACGACAAUUAAACAAUUAACUGUCACGCGGAUCUUAGAUUCAAAGUAUUAGGAUUCCUGCACAUUAACUUUAAACAUUCUCUUAACAUUGGACAAGUGGAAGAUCCAAGACAUAUGAUAACUAGAUGUUACCACAAUAAGAUAUUAACAAAAGGAUUCAACUCUGCCUCUUUAGGUUCAUCAAUAUGAAGCUUAAGUCGGUCACCUUCAUCGACUCUACCUUUCGAAACUGCUACUUCGAUGAUGUGACAUCAGUUGGCUCCUUCUUUCGUAACUGUACUUUCAUUGAUGCUUUCUUCUUCAACACAGGUGAGAUACUGAGAUUAAAUGUGUGCACAUUUUUCCAUUGAUCUAACAAUGCUGCUAUUCUCAGAUUCAUGGGAUGUGGUUAAGUUACAGUGGACAUUUUCAGCUGUGAGGCGGAACAAAAUCCCUCUGUAUCUUAAAUGGCAUUGACCCUGCACUAUCAUAAUUUCCCCUUUUGUGUUCCUUGUGCAGACAUCGAUGACUCCAAGUUGAUAGAUGGCACAGAGGUAGUCAACAGCACGUUUACACACAACAAGACAGGAUGCCAGAUGACCUUUGAUGAUGACUACAGCGCUUAUUGGGUCUACUUCAUUAAUUUCCUCGGCACCCUCGCUGUUCUGCCUGGGAACAUUGUGUCUGCUCUUCUCAUGGACAAAAUUGGGCGUUUGUCCAUGCUGGGUAAGAAUGACGGACUAGGGUUUGCAUGCUCGUGAGUAAUUGGUUUUCCCAUUGACUGAAGGUUAUGAUUCAUGACAUGGAUGUUGCAUCUUUCAAUUCCUGGUAUCAGCGUCCAUUUUGAUUAAGCUCUAUAAUUCAAUCCGACAUUAAUCAAAUUGAUGUAUUAUGCACUCAUUCUUGUCCCACCCUUUUUCCUCUGACUGUGUUUGUGUGUGCUUGUGUUUGUGUGUCUGUCAGGAGGCUCAAUGGUCCUUUCAGGCAUCAGCUGUUUCUUCUUGUGGUUCGGCACAAGUGAAUCCAUGAUGAUUUUCAUGCUGUGCCUUUACAAUGGCCUGAGCAUCUCUGCCUGGAAUUCCCUGGAUGUGGUGACGACUGAGUCAUUCCCCACUGUCAGGAGGUAAGAGGUCAACUGUAGUACAUGAGUACAUAAUGAAUCACACAGUUAUAAUAAUCCUGCAGGGAUCUACACAUGAAGGAAGAUAUACACAGUUAACUUUAACAUCAUUCUCUCUUCUCCAUAUUUUCUGUUUUGCUCUCCAGAGGAACAGGUUUUGGUUUCUGCAAUGCUCUGUGUAAACUCGCUGCAGUCUUGGGGAACCUGAUCUUCGGUUCUCUCGUUGGAAUCACAAAGGCCAUCCCAAUCCUCAUGGCCUCCUCUGUGCUGGUCGGAGGAGGCCUGGUUGGACUUCGAUUGCCCGACACCAGGGCAAAUGUUCUCAUGUAACAUGAGCCUCAAGUCCACCAGUUGGAAUAAUGCUGUGGUGAAACCCGGGUAUAUCUGAGAGGAUGCCCAGGGAGUGUGGAGCAAGGAGUGCAAAUGGCUUGGUUCACACAUUUUUAAACACUGUUAAUUGUAUAAGCCCAAUACACUGUCACCCACUUAAGAUGUUUUUGUUUUAAUGACCACCAUUAGAAUACUUGAGGGGUGACUAACUGAAUUAGUUUGAAUAUCAAAAUGUCUCCAUGGAGUGUACCAGAACUUUAAUUGUUAAAAGUUAUAAACCCAGGGUCAUUGUUGAAAAAAGUCACAAUAUGGUUUUGUUUAUGCAACCAGGUUCAGUUUGGAUGAAGAGUCUAUGGUUUCAGUCAGUGAAAGAAGCUAGAAAAGCUGUAAAGCAAAAUCAUGAUAUAUACACAUGACAUGCACUUUUUGCUCAAAUUUGACUCUUGACCUCGUCUGGGUCUCAAACUCCAGUCCCCUGUGUUAAAAUUAUGUGUCUGUUGAACCCAUUUAUCCCGCUCAACCUCCUCCUGGCACAGACUUUGUCGCUCUUUUGUUGUGAUGUCUUCCAAUGCUUUGCUUCUGUCCUUGAAUCAGCUCCCACUAUCACUCAGCGCUGACACUGUUAAGUAAAUGCAGGUUGUUUAAUCCCAUCGAAAAAUCAUGACAGCUGACUUUUACUGACACUGUCACAGGUACUGUAGAGCUCUACUACCUCAUACUAAGAACGCAGGACAUUGGUAACAGCCAUUUAGUAUACUCAUAGGACCAGAUAAUUUUGGGGUGAUUUUUUCUCUCUUGGAUAGAACAGCAGAAGAAAAACAGGAAAUUAAUGGAGAGGUGAACCCAGGAUGACAACAGCAAAAGGUCAUUACUGGGAGUCACUAAUCUGAUUAGGACUAUAGCCUCUUUGGGGCACACAAUCCACUGUAACCACAAGUCUAAACCUGCACUUUGACUAAACCUGCACCUUGACAUAAAUCCUGAGUUGUAGUAGCCUCCUUUUCAGAGAUACUUUAUGCAUGUUUUGUUGGGAGACUGUAUAUGACAGAGUUUGUAUGGUUUGGCUGGAUUGUGAGACUUUUGUUCAGUGACUGGUUGAACCCUCAAGCUGCAACCAUAACCCUGUGUGGAGUCACUGCAUGGUGAAAGCCCAAGGUUUUUAAUAUUGAUAUGGUUAUUAAGACAUGGCAGAUGGAGAGAAAAGGGAAAAACAAGCUGUAAUGAGCAUCGUCAACCUGCUGUGUGAUAAGGUUGGGAAUAGAUGAUCAGACAGAGUGGUCACACUACACAGCUGUAUGACAGCUGGCUGGUUCACAGGACUAGCAUACACAGGUUAUGUUGGAGUCCAUGUGCAGAAAGUCAGCAGACACAAAUAUAUAAAAACUGCGUAUUGGUAUACAAAUACAUAUUCAGAAACAGGGUGGUAGUUAUACAUAUCUGAGCUUCAACCAUUUUUUUUACAUUAAAUGCCACUUUUUAUUUGACUAUAUCAGCAGUCUUUUAAAAAUGAUAUUGUUCAUGUAGUAAACCAAGCCCUCUGCAAUUCCUACUCAACCAGGAAUCAAAAAGGCCAUAUAAAAAAACUUAUUUUCUUGAACCAAUAAUUCUACGGUAUGUUGUAUAUAUAGCUGCUAUUAUAUUCUCCAGUGUUAAAGUUGCAGUAACAAUGAUGACAUAUUCUUUUAAUCCAAAUGUUGUGCCUCCAGGUCUUCCCUCAUGUGUUUUAUUGUUGUACAAAAGCUCUCUGGUGAGCUCUCUUUCUGGUUUAGCUUGUGUUGGAUCUUGCUUGUGGCAGUGACGUGGGUUAUAACAUGUCAUGCUGCUUCCUUUAAAAAAUACUGAAUGGCCUUUUAAAAUGUGCCUCUCCUUAACUGGAGCAGUCUGCUCAGUGUCAUGUGGUGUCUAAGAGUUAUAAGGAACAGACAGAAACUAAAUUGAAGAAAAAUAGAUGUGACAAUGAUGGUUUUGAUGUAUAUUUGUGAUUAUGUGUGAAUAUACAGUAUUUUUUUUUGAGUGUUUAUUCCUUUCACACUGCAUAUCUUCUGUUCGAUAUUUCCGUUUUGAUAAAACUUUACUUCUGUGGUUUAAGCCUGCUGUCUAAAAAGCCUCUAUUGUCACCAUGAAUCAGAAUACUGUCUAAAAUUGUAGGUCAUCUUGCGUGGCCAGUAAUGUAAAAAAACAAAACAAAACAACAACAUCCAUUUAAGAGAGUUAAUUGGGGGCAAACCAUGAUAAAAGCAUCACUUUAAAACACUUUUGGCAGUUUAACCUUGUAACUCAAACUAACAGGCAAAAAUUCCAGCAAAGUAUAUUUGAAUAUUUGUUAUAUUUAUAUAUUAAAGAAAUAGACAACUUUGUAAUAAAAUUCAGCUCCAUUAUUUUAUCUUAAUUAAGAAUUCCCAAAAUCUCACAUAUGAAAAUAUGACCUGUAGUUAUUCAGGAUUGAUUUGUUUCAAUAUUGAAACUGCUAAAUAUGAAAAAGAUGAUAAAUAAGAUGAAGACAAUAAAGUGAAAACCACAAUGCUGUUUAGAAAGUGAUGAUACCUCCAAGGAUCUGAAUAAAUAAUGAUAUUUUUUCAAAUUUGUCCAAUAAGCUGCUCCUGGUCUUGUAUUUUCAGUGGCUUUGGGCCUGUAUCUUCUUGCUUUUCUCUGUAUCUGUGAAAUCUGUGAUUGCAGCAUAGAGGUAGUUUGCCCUUGCUCUGCAGUUGGCUCUGUUAAGGCUACUAAAUACACACAAAAGCACCUCUGCAGGUUUCUCAAGCUGGCCUGUAUAUCUACAUCCUUUUCCACAGCUUAGUCUCAUAAAAUAUGUCUUACCAGUUGCUUCCUGUGUCUGUGCAGCAGAUACUUUUGACUUGCUUUCUUUAGGUUUAAAAAAAUAAUAAAGUUCACAUCCUAGAUAAAUGUACGAAUAUAAAGAUUAAAGCCCAGGGUCAUCUGAGCGCUACUAACUGCAGUCAGUAGAAAUAAUAACUAAAGAACCAUUGUGUUAUGUUGGAGAGAAAGUAUUUUAUCUUUCGAGUUUGAAGUUUGUGGAGUAUUCCUAAUAUUUAAUGUAUUUAAGUUGUGUGUGUGUAUGUGAGAGUGUGUGUGUGUGUGUGAAUGUGCGUCUGUGUGUGUAAAUAAUAAUGUACAUAUCAAAGCCGAUACUGAUGGCAUCUGGGUUUAAUGUGUUAAAGCUCCUUGACUGACUCUUGUGUCUCCUGCUAUGUCGAAGUGACAAGUUCAUCUACUGUCCCUCUGCUGUACAUCCCUGUGUGCCCCUAUUCACCUCCUAAAUUGUGUGUGCGCUUGUGUGUGUGUGUGUAUGUGUGUUCACAAGCUUGCAUGUAUGUAAGAAAAACGUAUGUUUUUUGUGCUAAUCUUUUUGUUCUUACUGUAAAUUGUUCUGGCAGUAAAUCAUGGCAAUAUCUUGAUUUUCGUUGAGGAAAAAUGUGAAUGUAUCACUCUUGUAAGUUCAGUUCAUCCAUUUUAUGGAGAUAAUCAAAUGUAAGCAGAGAAUAAAAAACGUGUAUUACUGUGAAGGGCCAGCUAUAAUAACUGAGUCUUCAGAGGUCCGUAAGUGUGAAAAUAUGAGGAGAAAUAUUUGCCAAAUGAUGCCCUGUGAAUAAUGCUAAAAACAGGAGAAGCUGAAAGUGCAGAUCGUGCUGCUUUUGAACAUAUAUACAAUAAAACUUAUGUUCUCUUGCAAGAUA